AUGGGAACACUCUGUUCACGGCCUCAGCAAGACUCAGAAGCUUACUUGCCAAUUACAUAGAAAACAAAUAAAAGAUCAAUGUAGCAACCCAAAACCUCUAUGAUUGAUGAGACAAAGAAGAUGGAGCAGUAAAUAAGGAUAUAAGGGAAUAAGAUAAAAAUUAUUUCUGAUAAAAUUCUCGAAUUUAAGAAGCUUAAUUUAUAGAAAGCUAUACAAACUGUGAAAAAGAAAUCAUUCAUACCAGUAAAUAUCUAAAGCUCUCAACUUAACUACUUGACUGAGUUGAAAGCUGAGUGUGAAGGUUAUGAGAAUAGUAUAUCAAAUGUUUUAAAUGAACUUUAAAUCCUCAAGGAUAAGCAUCAGAUCAUAUAGGCAGAUCAAGAACCAUAACAAAAUACAAGAACAAAAGAGCUGGAAGGAAUCUAGGAUAGUCUGAAUAAAAUAAAAUGUGAUACCAUAAUUGUGGAGAAUGUAUUCAAGUAAACUAGUCUAGUUUUUACAACUUCCAAUGAAAUCUAUGAAAUUGCAAAGGACUACGAGAGAUAUCUUUAUAGACUGAAUAGAGAAUAGAAAGUCUCCAAAUCAAAUUUAAUAAGGUUUUAAAAUGAAGUUAAAGAACUUUAAAUCUUUCUGGAAGACCUAAUGCUUGAUAACAUAAACUAUGAAGAAAAUUUUUCAGUCCAUCUUUAAAAAUCAUUAUAUGCUUGCUAGCUUAAGUUACAGAAGUUUUGCAAAAUGGUUAGCAAAACAAUUACUGAAUUAUCCUAAAUUUAAGAGAGAAGAGAGUAAAUAAUUAAAGACGGAAGCUAUGACAAAGAUUUGCUUUAAUAAUAAUAUACAUAAGUACUUGACGUGGUCCUAGGGAAAGAAUAUCUAAUUGAGAAAUUUUAAAAAAUCAAAUCUAUUGUCGUAGACCUUAAAAUUGAACUUGGAGACCUCUAUAUCCAUAACAUCCAAUAGCAAUAGCAUCUCCUAGUUGAAGAAUAGUAGUAAUCAAUUACUAAUUUUCUAUUCCAUAUCUAAAAUGUUUAGUCACCAUAAAGUAAUAAACUAACUAAGUACAUUAUUGAAGAAUCACACAAAGCUUAUAUUGAAUAAUCAAAUUAACUGUUAGAUCAGUUAGAACAUGUAUCAUUUCAGAUUUCUGAGCUAGAUCAUGACGUUAAUUCUUUUGUUGGAAUCAAAUAGUGUGGCUUCACUAAAAUUAUUAAAAUUGUUAAGGCAUAGAAAGAAAUUUCAAAUAUUCUUAAUAUUGUUUCUGGGAAGUCCUGUCUGCAGUAAUUAUAAUAUCAUAGAUCAUACUUAUACAAAAAAAUGGAAAAAGCACAUAAACUUUUUAUUAACGUUUAAGGUUCCAUAAAUCUAAGCACACCUUUCAUUCAAGAAUAGUUGGCGCAACUUUAAGCUGAGAUCGAUGAUAUUUAUGAUAACCUCCCGCCAAGUUUUGAUUUUAUUUUGGAAAACUAUCAAACCUAACACUCUAUUAGAAAUUUAAUCACAGAUCUUAAUUAAGAUCUUAAGGAAGUCUUAGAGCAUAGAUUUGAUAUCGAAGAAAUAAUUUAAGAACUUAAAUAAGUAGAUUAACUUCACUUUGUCAAGUUGUCAGAUUAUUUUAAAUAGAACCCCAGCAAGUUAAAAGGUAACAAUACAACAAAGAUAGGUCAGAUUAGAUCAAAAACUUCUCAAUCCAUUUUUUCAUCCAAGUAUGCCACUGCAAAGUAAAAGGAACCUGUAUUUUUCGAUUACAGUAAUGGCAAUAGCAGAGAAACCUCUAGAAUUGGGCUAGGCUUGGAAAAUUAUGACUCAAAUAAUCAUAUUGAUAAUAGUCUUAGUACAAACUUGACUAAAACUAUUUGUCAUCUUAAAGAUAUACCAGCUUCUCAGUUUUAGACAUCGCUUUCUUUUGGUUUAUCUCAAGGAUAUUCUGAAGAUUAUGAGACUAGUUGGAAGAUCAAAAGAGUAAAAUAUGACAAAGAAAAAGUUCUUGCUGAUCAAUAUGUCAUUGAUAAUAAUGAUGAUGAGCUAAGUUCAAUUCACAACUCAUCUCAAAAGCUGUCAAUAAAUGACUGA